AUGCAUUACAUCCGCCUCUUGCGGCCGCCGGCCCUCUCCACCGACCAACGUGGAACAUCGUCAGUCCAUGUCGUCCUGACCAUCACCACGGACCUCGGAGACUCCUUUCUCAGCCCUGAAGCCUCCAUCAAGCUAAAAGCAGGUGUCUAUGCAGCUUCACUUGACGCCAAAGGUAACAAGCCACAGCCGUCCGACAUCAAGACCUCUCAAAUUCUUGAAUGGCGACCAGGAACGAGGGUCAUCAAGACAGACCUGCCUCUGGGCAUUUGCUCCAGCACCGACCUUCGUGUUUUUGUCUUCCCCACAGCACAGGCUUGGGCAGGCAGCACCAUGGAUGUCGUGUCGUCCCUUCGAUCCGACGACCGCGGUCGCAUCAUGCCCGUCUGGGCGGACGUUCACUACCCUGGCGUGGAAGCGCCUCAUGUCUCGUUCCGAAGACUACGCAUCGGCAGCGAAGAGUCGCCAUCCUUUGUCCAGGUCGAAGAAGACAUCGGGGAGAGCAUCGCGCGCCAUAUCUGGGACGCCGGCGUUGUCGCGACGUCGAUCCUCCUGGAGAACGGGACGUCCUCGGUGAACAGCGAAACCCUUCCAAAAUUGACGCAGGUGUUGGCCUCUGAUGGCCCUCUUCACAUUAUGGAGCUGGGUUGCGGUGUGGGCAUUCUGGGCCUAGGCAUCGCUGCUCUGCUUUCCGGUUCACAAAGGCAGUCAUCGCAGCUGCUGUUGACAGAUCUCCCGGAGGCUGAGGACAGGACGCAAGCAAACAUUGAUUGUCUCGCAUCUACGUUGCCUAGCGAAGCCCAGACAAUACCCUCGUUUGAGAGUCUCGACUGGGAGGAUGGGCGAAAGGGCAAGUUCGGCCCACGCGUGCAAGAGAAUUUCUGGCAUCUCAUUGUUUUGAGUGACUGCACAUACAACGUCGAUAUGCUACCAGCGUUGGUUGGCACCCUGACGGCGUUGCACGAUGCCAACAAGAACCAUGUGCCCGCAGGGGAAGCUGCGACUACGCGUGUUCUGCUCGCCACGAAACCUCGGCACAAAUCGGAGAAAGCCUUGUUUGACCUUAUGUCAAAGGGGGGAUGGGUUGUGGCCGAGCAGGACGUUCUGCCUCUUCCUGUUAUGGGCCAACAGCCGGAGUCCGUGGAGAUUUAUAUUUUCGAGCAGUAA